AAUACUGUUACGUAUAGAGAGAGAGAGAUCAGAUUUUAGUGAGAGAAAACCGUUUCUCAGCUCAAACAGAGCAUUGAACGCAGCGAAAAUAGCAGAGAGAAGCAGCUUUAGAUCUGCGUUUCGCUGAUUUCUCUCGUUUUUAGUUGCGGUUUCCUCAGUUUCGGCAUUAACAAGUGAGGAUUGCAGUGAGUUUCAUUCAGCAUUGAUCCGAUUGAUUGGCCGCUUGAAUUUGAGCGCGUUUCGAUUUUGUUUUGGCUUUUUUCCUAGCUCGGAAAGCGAAUUGGAGCUCGGAUUGCAUUGAUGAUGUUUUGAGCGGAUGGUGAUUCUGCGGCGGCGGUCGCCGGAGCUCAGGUGAGCUUCUGGCGGAGCUCCGGCGGGUUCGUGAAGAGUGAGAUCAGAAGGUGAUGCUGAGGUGCGGGUGAAGUAGGGGGAAAAUGUUUAAGUCGGCGAGGUGGAGGAGCGAGAAGAACAAGGUCAAAGUAGUGUUUAAGCUGCAGUUUCAUGCAGCUAAGGUGCCACAAAUUGGAGGGGAUGCAUUGAUGAUAUCUGUUGUUCCUGCGGAUGUUGGGAAGCCAACAGUUAAAUCGGAUAAGGCAUCCGUUCGAGAUGGGAGUUGUUUCUGGGAGAAUCCAGUGUACGAGACUGUGAAGUUCAAUCGAGAGCCAAAAACAGGGAAGAUUCAGGAGAGGAUAUACUACUUUGUUGUAGGGACGGGGUCGUCUAAAGGUGGAGUUCUUGGAGAAGCCUCAAUUGAUUUCUCAAACUAUGUGGAGUUAAAUAAGGUUUCCUUGGUUGCUCUUCCCCUCAAGAACUCAAAAACCGAAGCUGUUUUGAAUAUAUCAAUUCAGAGGAUGCAAGAGUCUACUGAUGAGAGAGAGAUUGAAGAAACUGAGACUGUGAAAAUAUAUAAAGAAAACAGCCUCAAGUCGCAGUUGGAUAACGGUGACAAAGAUGGAAAUGUAAAGAGUAGUUCUGAUGAUCAGCCAUUGAACAAGACUGUUUCCCCCAUUGUUGAAUUCAAUGGCAACCGUCGAGCAUCUAGUGGAUCUGAUCUCACAGUUUCAAGCUCUGAUGGCAGUUCUGGAGUUGAGAUACCAUGGCAACCUCAAAUCAAGAAUAGCAGUGUCCAUCAGGAUCCAGCUGCAGUUCUACCAUCUUCGAGGCUGAACUCUGAUGCUUUGCCUGCAGUGUAUGAAGAGCAUCAAAGGUCACAGUGGGAUUGGUUAGGUAGUUCUGCCCUUGAAGUUAGUACAGACGACUCGUCUGACACUCCAAGAGAUACCUUCCUGAGGCAGAAUUCAGACGAGUCCUCGGAUAUUGUGAUAGAGAAGCUCAAAUCCGAAGUUGCUGCUUUAUCUAGACAAGCAGAGAUGUCUGAGUUAGAACUUCAGACUCUUCGGAAGCAGAUUGUGAAGGAGAGCAAAAGGGGGCAAGAUCUUUUCAGAGAGCUUGCUUGCGUGAGAGAGGAAAGAGAUGCUCUGAAGGGAGAAUGUGGUAUACUUAAAGCUUCAAAGAGUCGAGACGAAGGAAAAAAUCGAACUAAUUCGCGAGUUGAGGGAAGGGAGGGUUAUGCAAUGGUUGAAGAACUGAGACAAGAGCUGAAUCAUGCUAAAGAACUAAAUGCCAAUCUCAGAGUUCAACUUCAAAAGACGCAGGAAUCAAACUCUGAACUAUUGCUUGCAGUGAAGGACCUUGAUGAGAUGUUGGAGCAGAAAGACAGAGAGAUAUUGAACCUGUCUAAUGGAUCAUCAACUAAAGACAUGGAAGAAAAAUCUCACGAAGCAGGCGACAAACGUCGAUUAGACACUGACAAUGAAGAUGAAGAACAGAAGGCUCUUGAGGAGCUCGUGAAGGAGCAUGAUGAUACAAAGGAAGCAUAUCUUCUAGAACAACAGAUCAUGGACAUGCGUACUGAAAUAGAAAUCUACAAGCGAGACAAAGACGAGCUUGAGAUGCAAAUGGAGCAGCUUGCUCUUGAUUAUGAAAUCAUGAAGCAAGAGAAUCAUGAAAUGUCAUAUAAGCUAGAGCAGAGCGAGCUUCAGGAGCAGCUGAAAAUGCAGUAUGAAUGUUCGUCAACGUAUGCUACUACUCAUGAUCUUGAAAUGCAGAUAGAAAACCUAGAGAAUGAACUCAAAAGGCGAUCAAAAGAAUCUGAGGAUGCAUAUCAUGAACUUGAAAUGCAGAUAGAAAAACUUGAGAAUGAACUCAAAAGGCAAUCAAAAGAGUCAGCGGAUGCAUUUUCCAAAGUUAGUGAAUUAGAAGCUCAUGUCAAGAGCUUGGAGGAAGACAUUGAAAACCAAGCACAAGGAUUCGAAGCUGAUCUGGAAUCUCUUAUGAGCUCGAAAGUGGAGCAGGAGCAGCGAGCUAUAAGAGCUGAAGAAACAUUGAGAAAAACACGGUCGCAAAAUGCUAGCACAGCAAAGAGGAUUCAGGAGGAAUUUAGAAGGCUUUCUGUGCAGCUGGCGACUACAUUUGAAUCCAAUGAGAAACUGGCCGCCAAAUCUCUAGCAGAAGGGAACGAGCUUCGUCUACAGAAAUUCCAUUUAGAAGAAGUGAUCAAGAAAGCUUCUGAAGAACAUCAAUCAGUCAAGACUAGUUAUGAGGAUAGUUUGAGUCAGCUAGCCAGUCAGGUGAAAUCCAUGGCUAAUCAAAUAGAAAAGAUGCAGUCAGACAUUGAUGAAAAAACAUUGCAGCUUGAAUAUCAGAAAAAGCAGACCGAAGAAACCCAAGGGCUCCUCGAAGAAGAAGUUUUAAGGCUCAAGGAUGAGAUUGAGACAUGCAGAGCAGUGAAUAAAACGUUGUCGGAGGACUUAAGGAGUAAGGAGACACUGUUGCAUGAGUUGGAACAAAUGAGGAACUCCGUUAAGGAAAUGGAGUCACUUGUGGAGCAUGGGAAUGAAGAAAGAACUGUGCUAGAAAACAGGAUUACAUUACUGAAAAAUGAUGCCAAGGACUCAGAGAAGGAAUUGAAUAAAAUGAGAUGUCUUCUAGAAGAAAAAGAAUCGAUUGUUUGGAAUUUGCAGGCAGAGCUAGAUUCUCUUCACUCACAGUACGAUGAAAUAAAGCAUUCUCUAUCGGAGCAUGAGUUGGAAAAUGGGGAGUUGAGGGAAAAAGUUUCUCAACUAAAAGAAGACUUGAAGAAGAAUGAAGAUGCCCUCAGAAGCAUGGAGAAGAAGAUGAAGGAUGUAAUCAAAGAAACUUCAAAAACUAUCAAGCCUGUUCUUCGUGGCUCCAAAGAAGUCGUAGAUCUUAAGGAGAGAAUUAAGCUACUUGAGGGUCAGAUCGAGUUAAGGGAAAGUACUCUGGAAAUAUCAAGUAAUGCAUUUCUUGAGAGGGAAAAGGAUCUUCUUUACAAAAUCGAAGAGUUAGAACGACGAAUGGAAGUGCUCAACCAAACCACCAUUCAAUAUGAAAAUGCACUUGAAAAGGUGUGUAAAAUUUGCUGUGUUUGCUUUGAUCUGAUUAGCCUUAGAAUCUCCUAUUCAGAAAUAAGUCUCAAGUUUGCAGAAGUUGAAGGCGAACGACAACAACUCGUGAUGAAAGUACGCAACCUCAAGAACAAAAAGAAUCAUCGUAGCGCUGCCUAA